AGCGGAAAUAGAGCAGCACGAGCAACUGUGUCCAUCAACCAAGACGAAAAUGGCAGGAGUAGAAGGCGACGAUUCACUUUAUCCUAUCGCUAUUUUAAUCGACGAGCUGAGGAAUGAAGAUGUUCAGCUGCGGUUGAACAGUAUUAAGAAGUUGUCCACUAUUGCCCUGGCUCUGGGUGUGGAGAGAACAAGAACUGAACUACUGCCUUUCCUCACCGACACCAUAUAUGAUGAGGAUGAAGUGCUUCUUGCCUUGGCUGAGCAGCUCGGGAGCUUCACCGUGCUGGUCGGAGGCCCAGAGUUUGUGCACUGCCUUUUGCCUCCUCUGGAAAGUUUGGCCACUGUGGAGGAAACUGUUGUGCGGGACAAAGCCGUUGAGUCUCUGCAUAAGAUCUCUCAGGAACAUUCCCCUGUAGACUUGGAGGUGCAUUUUGUGCCACUUGUGAAGCGGUUGGCCAGCGGGGACUGGUUUACCUCCCGAACAUCUGCCUGUGGUCUGUUAAGCGUCUGCUACCCUCGUGUAUCCAGCACUGUUAAAUCGGAAAUCCGCCAGCACUUCCGCACCCUUUGCUCUGACGACACCCCCAUGGUGCGACGUGCCGCUGCAUCUAAACUUGGCGAGUGUGCAAAAGCUCUGGAGCUGGACUAUGUUAAGAGUGACGUCAUUCCUCUUUUUACAGCGCUAGCAUCUGAUGAGCAGGACUCUGUGCGGCUCCUUGCAGUAGAGGCUGGGGUUAGCAUAGCCACCCUGCUGCCACAGGAAGACUUGGAGUCUCUAGUUAUGCCCACUCUCCGUCAGGCCUCAGAGGACAAAUCUUGGAGAGUGCGCUACAUGGUGGCAGACAAAUUCUCAGAAUUGCAAAACGCUGUUGGCCCAGAGAUCACCAAGGAUGAUCUGGUCCCUGCAUUCCAGAACUUGUUGAAAGACUGCGAGGCAGAGGUCCGUGCUGCUGCAGCCAACAAGGUGAAAGUGUUCUGCGAAAGUUUACCCGAAGACAGCAGGGAAACGAUCAUCAUGACUCAUAUUCUGCCAUGCGUCAAGGAGCUGGUGUCUGACACAAACCAGCAUGUGAAGUCUGCUCUGGCAUCUGUCAUCAUGGGUCUCUCCACCAUCUUGGGCAAGGACAACACCGUAGAACAUCUGUUGCCUCUUUUCCUGGCCCAACUGAAGGACGAGUGUCCUGAGGUGCGGUUGAAUAUCAUCUCUAAUCUAGACUGUGUGAAUGAGGUGAUUGGGAUCCGGCAGCUUUCUCAGUCUCUGCUGCCGGCUAUAGUGGAACUGGCUGAGGAUGCCAAAUGGAGAGUUCGACUGGCCAUCAUCGAGUACAUGCCCCUGCUUGCAGGCCAACUAGGAGUGGAGUUCUUCGAUGAGAAGUUGAAUUCCUUGUGUAUGGCAUGGCUCAUUGAUCAUGUGUAUGCCAUUCGAGAGGCUGCCACCUGCAACCUGAUGAAGCUGGUGGAGAAAUUUGGAGCUGAGUGGGCCCAGAACACCAUCGUGCCCAAAGUUCUCGGUAUGGCCAAUGAUCCCAACUAUCUGCACAGGAUGACCACACUUUUCUGCAUCAAUGCUCUGUCUGAAGCAUGUGGAGAGGAGAUCACCACAAAACACAUGCUGCCUGUAGUCCUCAAGAUGGCCACUGACCAGGUGGCCAAUGUGCGCUUCAAUGUGGCCAAAUGCUUACAGAAAAUUGGACCAGUUCUGGAAAGCAGUGCUUUGCAAGCAGAGGUCAAACCAGUACUGGAGAAACUAGCCACAGACCAAGAUAUGGAUGUGAAAUACUUUGCUCAGGAAGCUAUAAGUGUUCUUAACUUGGCCUGAAAGACUUGCUCUCCACACCAUUGAAAAACUGACAACACAAAACAUGUUGCAUUCUUUUUGUUCAUUUUGAAUUGUUAUCAUAAGUGUAUUAUUGUGUACUCUCAAAGAUAUUGAAUGAUCAAAAGACAGACUUGUUGUCAAUAGUACCUCUUAUGCUGUAUGUAAAUUUGCCUCGAACACGCUGAUGCCACAGCUCAGCUCUGCAUGCUUGUACAGUUUGCGCAUUGCUCUUCAGACUCUCAAAGAUCACCGCCGCAAGCCGUUUCAGUUCAGUCGUUUUGUAAUCUGUACAUGCCUGCUUCACCUUUCCAUUGCUUUUCUUAGACUAGACCUCAUCCUGCCAGUAGCAGAUGGUGUGAAAUGCCAGUUGCUUUAGUAGAUUUGUAAGUGCACAGCACAUUGUUUACAUGUGUUCCCUCUCCAGAGUCCUCUUUGUAUGCAGGGCAAAUUAGUCAUCUGAACACAUUGUAAGAUUGCGAUCACUCUUGAAUUUACUUGACAUAAUAAAAUCACACUUUGUCAAGCAUUUUUCAACAAGGGACCGUAUAAUUGAAUCAAUUGUGCUUCAACACUGGAUACAAGUCUUAACAUCUCACACUUAACUCUUGUUUUGCCUGCAGGAUCAGUUGUAGCCCCUAUUUACUCUUCCUCGAUGACCAUGUACGAACUCUUGUGCCAACGAUCUCUUGUUAUAUUUCAAUUCUUUGUGUCAUUUUGUACGUUUUUGAUAUUUUCUUGUAGUGGACUGGAAGGGUUUGUUGUACCCUUCGGUUAAAAGCAUGGUUGUCAAUUGUUUGACUGGCUUUAGGAACGCUUUCUCUUGUAUGUGAUAAAUUGAUUCAGCAAUAUGAAUUACUACAAACAACAUUAACCUACUGCGUUCUGAGGAAUGAGGAAGUGUUUUUUUUAAUUUUAUUAUUAUUCAGCUGGGUCACUUUGGGUUUUAAUAAAGUCAUUUGAACAAUGUAU